AUGGAGGAAGAAGAUGACGAUCUCUACGACCCCGUGGACAACACUCCUAGUGGUCAGAGGAAUUCAGACACAGUAGGCGACAGCAAACUGGAAAUCGAGAAUCGGGAAGGGGAGGGGGAGGAGGAAGAAGUGGAAGAGGAAGAUGACGAAGAUGACUUUAAUAUUAUCACAGAAGCUCCAGAGCCAGCGGUACCUCCACCACAACCUCCACAGCACUCAUUUCGAAACGAACCCCCCCGACCUUCAGUUAGUGACGGCACGAGCAUACCGAAAGUAGCAACACCCUCCAUCCCCAAAGCUGAAGUAUACACCCCACAACAAGCUGCGGUGAAACCUGCCGCUCCUCAAAGACCGGGAUCGUCUUAUCCCGCUCAGCACACCUCUAGCAUUGACGUUACGGCUAAUCCUAUUCAUCCCGCGACCUCUAAACCUAUCUUAUCCAGCGACCUAGACACUGAUUUUCCGGAAGAUGAUAAACCCUGGCGGCGUCCGGGUUCCGAUAUAAGCGACUAUUUUAACUACGGUUUUGACGAGUUUACAUGGGCAAGUUAUUGCUUAAAACAGCAGGAUCUACGAAAAGAAGUUGGAGACCAGAAGAAACAGCUUCAGGAGAUGCAGGCGUUCCUUGGCCUUGCUCCUGGUGGGAUGCCUCGCAUGCCUGGCCCUCCGCAACCCCCACCUGGCGGAGUGGCAGGUCCAGGAGGAGGCCCUCCACAAGGUGCUGGUCCACAGAAUGUAAUGCCAGGCAUGCCGCCAGGUAUGCCAGAACUGUCCGCGGACAUGAUGCAAGGCAUGUUGGCCGGCAUGAUGGCUCAGGGCUUGGACCCGUCAGCAAUGGACCCAAUGACGUUUAUGCAACAUGCGCAGGCUAUGUUAGGUGGUGGACAGCCGGGCGCUGGAACACCCCAAGGCUCACAAGCGGGUUACGGGGCCCAGCCUACACCCCAGGGAUUCGGUGGCCAGCCUGGUGGUCAGCAGCAAAUGGGUUAUGGUGGUUAUGAUCAGCGCGGAGCGGCUUUCGGCGGUGGCGUUCGUGGAAAGGGAAUUCGAAGAUGGUAA